UUGAAGUCAAAUGUUAUUACCUUUUGAACAACAAAAAACCAGAAAAGUACCAGUACUGACUAACAAGUAAAAUCUAGAGAUAUACGGGUAAUGAUUUUGAAAACCAAAAGCAACCCAGGGUUGUAUCAUCUGCGUUUGUCAAGAAAUUAAUGAUUUUUGUAUUUUCUUUGAAAUAAAAAAAAUGGAAGAACCUUCAAAAACAAGUUCAAGCAGUUCUUCAGCUCUAUCCACCACUCUAUUCAACUCAAUCCAAGCUUUAGGUAGAGGUUUUGAUGUUACUUCUGAUAUUCGAUUACUUUACUGUAAAGGAGCACCUGGUUCUCGUUUAAUACAAAUCGAUGAAAAUCAUACAAGGGAUCUUUCUAUUGCUGAUACUGUUUUUCCCAAUGUAUCUGUUGAUAUUGAUUACUAUCUCGGGAAGAGUUUUAGAGAGUCAACUCCUGUUUGUACUUUUCAUGAGAUGGCAGAAUUUUUCAAUGUAAAUUCCGGUAUACUUGGUGACAUCCCCGUUGGAAGCUUUAACUCUGUGUUCAAUUUCACUGGUUCUUGGCCAGUCGAUGCAGCAGCCACAAAAUCCCUUGCCAUGGAUGGAUAUUUUAUCUCCCUAUUUAAAGUUAAACUUGCAAAGGGUUCAUUAGUUUUGCAUGAGGAAAUAACGCGUGCUGUCCCUAGCUCUUGGGAUCCAUCGUCCUUAGCGAGCUUCAUUGAAAAUUUCGGCACACAUAUCAUCACAUCUGCAACAAUCGGUGGUAGAGAUGUAGUUUAUGUCAAGCAGCAUCAGUCAUCUCCAUUAGUAGCGUCAGAAAUUCAAAAUUACGUGAAAGACAUUGGAAAUAAAAGAUUUCUUGACUUGGAAAACCAACCCAGUGGUGAUCCAUUCAAGUACAAUGAAAAGGACAUGGAUCCAUCUCUGUCAAACAAGAAAGAGAUACACCCUCAGACUUCUACUGUUCCUUAUUUAAGUGGAAAGGAGGAUGUUACAGUUAUUUUUAGGAGGAGAGGAGGUGACGAUCUUGUUCAAAGCCAUGCUAAAUGGGUGGAAACUGUACAUUUAGCACCUGAUGUCAUCAAUAUGACGUUUUCUCCUAUUGUUUCCUUGCUGAAAGACUCAGCUGGGACCAAACAUCUGGCCCGUGCAAUCGAUUUAUACUUGAAGUACAAACCACCAAUCGAGGAGCUGCAAUAUUUCUUGGAAUUUCAAAUCCCAAGGGCAUGGGCACCAGAACAAACGAAUAUGCCUGGAUAUCAAAGGAAGGAGCCUGUGUGCCAAUCUCUUCAAUUCAGCUUGAUGGGUCCCAAGCUUUACGUUAGCUCUGAUCAGAUAACUGUUGGUCGUAAACCAGUCACAGGACUCAGGCUUUGUCUAGAAGGAGGCAAGCAAAACCGUCUCGCCAUCCACAUGCAGCACCUAAUAUCUCUUCCAAAGAUCCUCCAACCUCACUGGGACUCCCACAUGGCAAUCGGUGCACCUAAAUGGCAUGGGCCCGAGGAACAAGAUAGCCGGUGGUUUGAGCCAAUCAAGUGGAAGAACUUCUCCCAUGUAAGCACUUCACCAAUAGAGCACCAUGAGACUUAUAUUGGGGACCUCUCAGGAGUUCACAUUGUAACUGGAGCACAGUUAGGUGUUUGGGAAUUUGGGGCCAAAAGUGUCCUACACCUGAAGCUCCUUUUCUCUAAGGUGCCCGGGUGUACGAUACGAAGAUCAGUAUGGGAUCACAACCCCAACAACACAUCUCACCUUAACAGUGAUUGUUCAUCUUCCUCGAACUCCGACAAUAAGAAGGCUGAUAGUUCGAGUCAAAUUGGAAAACUAACAAAAAUAAUCGACGUAACUGAGAUGUCGAAGGGGCCACAAGAUGUUCCUGGGCAUUGGCUGGUGACAGGAGCAAAGCUGGGAGUAGAGAAGGGGAGAAUUGUGCUUCGUGUAAAAUAUUCUCUACUAAAUUACUGACGAAGAGUGAAAGAGUUGUUGUGGUUUAGUAAAUUGUCAGUUGACAACAUUCUUUGCACAGGUAGUAUCUGUUCUUUUGCUCUGUAAAUUCCUUUUUAUCUCUAUUUAGAUAAAUUAAGUUACCCGGGAGCUUCAUUUCUGUUUUCAACGGGUGACAAGCUGGGUCAUUUGGAUACUAGUAGUAGAUUGUGCAAAUAAAUUCUUUUAGAAUCACUUGGUAUGUAUUUUUGCGUCUUUCCUUGUUAUUUGAGAUGUAGCUGAAUGUGGUUCCCGAAGUCUAAUGUAUGAGCAAGUUUUGGAGAUAA